CUCUGCGCACGGCCGACCUCCGCCCGCCUGUCAUCACCACGGUGACCGUGCACCCGGUCUUCACCUCCUUCAACCUCACAGUUACACUGUCCGAGCCCGGAGUCGUUGCGGGUUUCCUGUACACGCCAGCGGGUGCAGCCAACGUCUCCUUGACAGCGGCGUCCGUCUGGCCGCCCAGCCCGCAGGGCCCCAUCAUCCAACAGGUCUUCACCGCCACGACGAUCGCCGCUGGCAACUCAACGACGUCCUCCGGAGCCGCGACCUACACCCUGUCGUUCAACGACCCCUCCAUCGUCCCAAGGAGUAAUUACACAGUAGCGCUUAUUGCGCGCGACGUGCCCGGCAAUGUGCAGCCCGCUGUUACGAUGGUCCCCGUACGCACUGAGGACAACAUACCGCCCCAGUGGCUAGCGGCGGCCGUGGCUCCAGG